AUCCCACAAUGCACUGCAGUUAACUGCACGUUUCCAUAGAGACCCAGAACUCGGUGGCAAUUACUAGCAAAAUGCUACCUGGAUACAAUCUUUUACAAGUAUAACAAAGAGGAAUCAGGAGUGGCGAUGUUUAAGUUGUCAGCUGAAGAUAAAGCAGAGUUGCAAUCCCUGCUGAAGCAGCUUCUGAGAAGUAUCAACGACCGGAUUGCUGACGCAGAAUCUACCGAAUGUGCUGAAGAGAUCCUCCUUCACUUGGAGGAGACUGACAAGAACUUCCAUAAUUAUGAGUUUGUCAGGUAUCUCCGUCAGUAUGUGGAGAGUUCAUUGGGGACUGUGGUGGAGGAGGAGACCAAGAGCUUGACCAGAGGAGAUGGACAACAUGGUAUAGGCUCAGGUCUUGACACUCUGAUCCAUGCUGUCAUCCAAAGUACCAGAGACUCAACAGAGUACCAGCAGAUGAUGCAGAACUUGAAAAAUACCAUGACCAUGGUGGUGGAGUCUUUAAUUAACAAAUUUGAGGAGGACCAGAUGAGGAAGGAGGUGAUGCUCAAAGAGAAGCAGCACAGUCAGUUCAACAGCCAGUACACUGACAACUGCUCUGACAGCGAUUCCUCCUUCAACCAGAGUUAUGCUUUCAUCAGACAAGAGCAGCUGCAAGCUUUGGCUGAUAAUCUCAACUCCAGCAGACCCAAAGAGAUGCGUUGGGAGGCUCUUCAGGCUCUCUGCUGUGUCAAUCCGGCUGAUGUGCUGAGCUGUGAAUGCUGGAGCAGCCUGCGAAAAAAUCUCUGCGCAGCUCUGACUGACCCUGACCUCAGCGAUGAUGUACUGCAGUUCUUUGCUAAAAGCUUCUCCUCCUCUCCACUGAAUGUGACACGAGAGAUCUACACCAGCUUGGCUAACAGUGUGGAGUCAAGUUUUAUGUCUCAAAAGCAAAGCUUCCCAACUGGCUCCGCCACCAUUAACAUCAAUGGACCUGAGAUCAGUCGUCUACUCAAACAGAUCCGAUUGAUGAAUGACUUUCAAAAGGAGGUGACAACUUUUUGGAUCCGCCAUCCUGAAAAAUACAUGGAAGAAGUUAUAGAGAGUACCCUCCACCUGCUGUCCUUCCAUCACAAACAUACCUCACCUGCGACACAGAAAGUCCUGGAACCCAUUCAUCUACUGGCCUUACUGGACAUCAAAGCGACAUGGUUUAAAAAGUGGAUGCAUGGAUGCUACAGUAGAACUGUGGUUCUCCGACUUCUGGAAAGGAACUAUAAGUCUCUGGUUGUUGCUGCCCUUCAGCAGUGUAUCCAUUACAGUGAAUCCUGUGAACGUUCCACAAAUGAGACAACCGAUCCCCAGUCAGCAGAGCAGCAGAGCGUUGGUUCAGUCCAGAGGAGUGUUUACACAGGAAGAGAGCUUGAAUAUGCCGUCUUUGUCCACUCGCUGUGUGUCCUGGGGAAACUCCUCAUCUACAACAAUGGCAGAAAGCUCUUUCCCAUCAGAGUGAGGGAGCGCAAAGAUCCGGUCAGCCUGACAGACCUGGUAGUCAUCCUGAUUAACAUCAUGUACCAACACCCUAAACCUACGCACAGUGAUACCUCAGACACAGACUCCCUGUCGCCCAGCUGCCUGGUGAUGGAGGUGCUGUGGAUGAUCUGUGAGAGGACAGAGUGUGCUGCAGACUGUCUCUACCCGACCCCUGUAAUAGAGACGCUGCUUGCUCCUGUUAUAGCACUGCUCAAUGGACAGCAGACCAAAUUAAAAUUUCCGGCAGCAACACUGACGCUCAUCGCCGACAUUCUGGCUCGCAUUGCAAACACUGACCGAGGAUUAGCUCUCUUCUUAUAUGAGAAGAAUCUAGUUGUAGCCCACAGUGAGAGAACCUUCCCUGCUCAUGUUGUUGUACAGCUCACUCUCAGGCUGCUGGAGAACGAGCUGUCCACAAUAAAUGAAUCCGACCGGUCUCAUUCAUUAUGUGGAGCCUUCAUGUUUGUCUGUAGGCAGAUAUACAACACCUGUGAGGGUUUGCAGGUCCUCCGACCCUACGGUCUGCACACGGCUGUAGCUGCUGCAUGGAAAAGGACCAGUUCCUUAUCAGAAAGGGUUCCAACUCCGGUACCUGGAGCCACCUCUGAAACAUGCACCCUGGAGCUGCAGAACAUGCUCAUCUGGGAGGAGACUUUGUUGGACAGCUUGCUGAAUUUUGCUGCAACUCCUAAAGGCCUGCUGCUGCUGCAGCAGACUGGAGCCAUCAAUGAUUGUGUCUCCUUUAUGUUCUCUCGGUUUAUAAAAAAACUACAGGUGAGCCGCUGUGAGAAGUUUGGAUAUGGGGUGAUGGUGACACAGGUGGCAGCAACUGCUCCUGGGGCAGCAGCUUUGCACAGUUCAGGUUUUGUCAAGGCAUUGGCAGUAGAGCUGUGGUCUGUUCUUGAGUGCGGAAGGGAAGAUGUCGGAGUGGUCCAUCCAAAGCCCACACCCAUGGAUCCCAUCGACGGUAGCUGCCUCAAGUCCUUUCUGUCAUUUGUCAACCUACUCUCCUCUUCCCGAUCGGUGUGGGAGCUCCUAGGCCGCCAGCCUCUCGCCAACAAGAGUGAAUACACCCUAAGAGAGAUGCCAACCUCCAUUCCUGAUCUGAUUGACAGGCUGAUUGCUGUGAAUUCAGAUGCAAAGAUUCAUUCCCUGUUCCACUACGAGCAGUCUCACACAUUCGGCCUGAGACUGCUCAGUGUUCUCUGCAGUAAUCUGGACUCCUUCCUGCUGCUGGAGAGCCAGUACAACAUCUGCUCCAUGCUGCUGCAGAGCCAGAGGGAAAAUGUCCUGGAGCUGGACACAGAUGAUGGGGAGUUCAUCAUAGACAACUUAUCGGUGGAGAGGAAUCACGUGCUGGUUCGCGUUAGUGUGGUCGGAGGACCGUCUGAGAGAAAGCUUCCUCCUCGAGCACUGCAAGAGGGAGAAGAUUCUUAUCCCUGGCCCAUGUUUUCAAGCUAUCCUCUACCCCACUGCUACACUUUGAACCCAACAAAGAGCCAUCAUAACUCCCCGGGUAAGAACUCUGAGAUCAGUACGUUCCCGCCAUUAUCUAAAGACUUGAAGAAUGAGGAGAACUGGAUGGAGGUCUGCCGCACACAGUACUCCAAAGCCAUGACCUCCAAACCCAACAUCCUAACUGGAAAGGUGCUGGCUGACCUUCUGGAGAAGGUUGUGGCCCAUCUAUCCAACUCUUCCGCAGAGUGCUUCUUCCCUCCGGCUGAGUACAAAGCAGAGGAGAAGAAUGUAACGCGUGUUGUGUUAUCUUCUGUGGAGCAGCUGGGAAUCAACACUUGUCUCAGGUAUGGCAGCGAUCUCAAGCUACUGGCAGACGAUGCUGUGAAUGCCUCCACUCUGCUAAUGAAGCAUAUUAAGAUCUUCUUGUCCACGCAGAAAGUCAAAACCGCUUCAGAACUAAUCUCUCAGCAGGGCGGCUAUCCAGGCCAUGACUGGCUGGCCUCCACAGUGUUCCUAAUCAUGGCUGGAGACAUGAACCGGUCUCUAGGUCUGCUACUCAACCUGUCCUCUCUGCUCACCUCUGCAUUCAUCUGGCCAGCGAGGAUAGAUGCCUCUGUCCAUUUUCCUGUGGAAGAUUCAGGAAUCCCUCCUCUUUACUGGUGUACAGCUCACUACGUGGAGAUGCUGCUGAAAGCUGAAGUUCCUCUGGUACACUCCGUCUUCAGGAUGUCUGGUUUCACCGCGUCACAGAUGUGCCUCCACUGGUUGACUCAGUGUUUUUGGAACUACCUGGACUGGACAGAGAUCUGCCACUACAUUUCCACCUGUGUGGUGAUGGGUCCUGACUACCAGGUGUAUAUGUGUGUGUCCAUAUUUAAACAUCUGCAGCCAGACAUCCUUCAGCUUACACAGUCACAGGAGCUGCAGGUCUUCCUCAAGGAGGAUCCAAUCCGGGGCUUUGAAGUUGGCGAAUACUUGUCGUUCAUGAAGGAGCUGGAGCGCAGCUACAGACAUAUUGUUCUCACAGACAUGAAAACCAUCAGUAAAUCUGUCCACUAAGAGAAUGUUUACGAAGGAUAUUGUUUUUAUUGGUCAACUGUAAUGUACUAUAAAAAAAAAAAACUACAGCUCUGGAUCAGAUUCAGUAAGUACCUGUAUGUAUCUCAUGACCAUGCUUCAGUAUGUGAGGACAUUAAUGGAAACCAAUUGGGCCACAGUAUUGUAAUCAAAUUUGUUUCAUUCGAAAUAAUAAAAUGAAAUAUGGAAAUAUA